ACUUCUUCUGAACUAAAAAAAAAGAAAAAUAGAAAGAGAAGUGCGUCUCCAGUUUCUGCCGGCGACAAUGGAUGAGUUGUCAGCUUACUACUCUCACUACAAUCUCCCGUCGAUCGUUCCUACUCCUCUUCCUCCCGGUGUAGCUCCGAUUCCAAUCACUCCAAUCCAUCCCGUCUACUUGCCUACUACACAGUCCUCAACCGGAGAUGUUCGGACGCUUUUCGUCGCCGGACUUCCCCAAGACGUCAAGCCCCGGGAGAUCUACAAUCUCUUCCGUGAGUUCCCAGGAUACGAAACUUCGCAUCUCCGUACCUCAGAUGGAGCCAAGCCCUUUGCGUUUGCUGUGUUCUCGGAUCUCCAAUCAGCUUUAGCGGUGAUGCAUGCCCUCAAUGGAAUGGUGUUUGAUCUUGAGAAGCAUUCUACUCUUCACAUUGAUCUUGCUAAAUCAAACCCUAAAUCUAAGCGUUCAAGAACAGAUGAUGGCAGGGAGAGCUUGAAAAGGACCAAGUCUUGGAGCAACACUCCCGAGUCUGCAGGUUUUGGCAGCUUUCACACUCCUGGAAUGAGUACUUCUUCUCACAACACUAUUGGUUAUUCACCUCCACAAAGUAAAGGAGUUGCUAAUGUUGCUGGGAGGGCAAUGACUACUAGAAAAUCUAAUAAUGCUGCAGAACCUUGUCCAACACUUUUCAUUGCAAAUUUGGGACCAAAUUGCACUGAACCUGAGUUAGUUCAAGUUUUCUCGAGGUGCCGUGGAUUCUUGAAGCUGAAAAUUCAGGGCACAUAUGGUACUUCUGUCGCAUUUGUUGAUUUUCAGGAUGUCAGCUGCUCAAGUGAAGCACUACAUGCUCUUCAAGGAACAGUGCUUUACUCAUCCCUCAGUGGUGAGGGUUUGAGGCUGCAUACCAGAUAUGCGAGAUCACGGAUGGGAAUGCGCAAGAAGAUUAAUUAAUGCUAAAAUUAGUGGAAGAUUAAAUAUAAUGCCAUGCUAAAACAGCAUAGAUACUGAACUUACUACUCAGAUGUAUUAUUUAUCAGAAUUCAGAAAUGUAUUGAUCAUAUUGGAGACCAAGUUUUAUAUAAUGAUCAGAACCAUGGUUCCC